GAUAGAGAAAUACAUAUUCAUAUCCAUAUGGUUCAAAGAGACAAUCAGCUGUGAAAUGAGAAGUUAAUUGUGUAUAACUUCAGUUUUUGUUGCUAGAAUGACGCAGCAUUGAUUAGACUAUAAGAACACCUAACAAUUAAAUGAGUUCAGCAAUUACAUAUGUAGAUAGACAAAAAACCUGCAAUAAUGUCAUUAUAUAAAUUUCACUCUAUAGAGUAUGGCUUUUGACCAUUUAGCUUUCUUUCUUAUUUUCAAUUUUCUGAUUUUCUGAACAGAAAAUUACUAAGGCUCUUUAUAUAAUCAUCUUGCUCAGUUCGUUAGCCAACCACCAAGUAGAUAUCUAUUUACUUCCUGUAAAGUUAAAUAAUAUUGAAGCAAUCAUACUGCUAUGAGUUUUUUAUAAUAAUACAUAUUGGGACUUCAUAUAUUUCAUUUAAUUGCUACCUAUAAUUCAGCAACAUACUUAUAUUUUUGUAUCUAUUAUGACCAUGAAAAGCAAUCUGUAUUGUCAUUAAAUUUUCCAUGAGGCUAACAACACUCAUAUAAACAUUGAUACCAAAUACUAACAUUUAAACCAAAUGUGUGCAGGAACUCAAAGCGCAAACGGAGUGACGACAAACGAAAUGAACAGUGGCAACACCUUUUUGCCCUUCUUUGUUUAUAGGAAUUGCAUAGGCCACCUGUUGCUUUGCUGAGAUACCACCACUCCUUCAUGUAUCGCGUGCCUUCGUUUCAGCAGAAACAGAUGCUCUGAGAGAGAUAGAAAGGUGUUUGUUUGGGAACUUUGGGUUGUCUGCAUGAUCUGUAUCACCACAACGUUCACCACACGUAUCCAGCAAAAAAAGGAUUCCUUACACGUAUCACCACAACGUUCACCAGUGCUUACACGUAUCUGCAACACCUUCACCAGCUCUUACACGUAUAAUUCAAUCACUCUACACAUAUGACCUUUAACAAACGCUUCCAAAAUAAACCGCUCAAUUCAGCUCUCACCUGGAAACAGAGACGCGACGGAGCUCAUACCAAGAAAGGUAAUCACACUUCUUCUUCCUGUACUCUUAUUCUAAGCAGCUACUCGCAUGCAUAGAGCCAUCUAGCCUGCUGUUUGAUUGCUACCAUUUCCACUUCUUAUACAAUUCAUCUAUAUAUUCCUUUCUAUUUGCUUUCUAUGUCAAUUUGUAUCCAUUAAUUUAGGCCAGAGGUUUAGGUUUUUACCUGCAAUUUAGCUUCAACAGAAUCUUUCAAUGAUUUAUCACAGGUAUAUGCGAAUUCAAUCACUUGGACAAUGAGUUUCACUUCAACUCUAUUACUUCUUCAGUUAAGUCUUUGAUAACUCAUUGUUCAAGUGGUUGAAUUUCCAUAUAGCUGUCUCUACGACAGUCAAUAUGUAGAGCUUAAUAUUAUUUUCGUUUGGUGCGCAGUGUGUUUUCAAUCUUGCAUAAUUGGUAUGAAAUAAGAGAUGUUUAGCCAAUUGGGUUUUUUGGGAUCAUUGAUUGUGUGAUAUUAAUGUCUGUGUUCAAGGUGUGGGUGGCUUUGAUCUUAAUUUCAGAGCUAAUUUGGACUCUAAAGCCUCGAAUAUCAUCUGGGUUUUAUCUGUUUUGGGUGCUUGGGGGUUUUGUGUUUUUCAUGAACACAACUAAAAAGUAAAAACUAACCAAUUUUACGGAGGUGGAGACCAUGGAGUUGUUUUGAGCUUAUUGGGAGAGCUUUGUUUUCAUCAAACGAACUCUAUGGAUUCUGUUGUGUUCAUCUUUGUUUUUAUCAACAAUGUGGUGUAGUUUUUGGGUAAAGAGCAACUUCAGUGCUUUUGCAGAUCCAAGAAUCUCUUCUUUCUUGCUUCUGGAGCCUUCUAAUUGGAGAGGAGACAGGGAGAAAAUCAUCAAAGCCAAUAAAGGAACUCAUGGCAAUACGCACUGUUCGAAUUCGUGACAUUGAACCAUGCCAAAACAACAUCCAAAUCAGAGUCAGUGUAUGCAGGCAUUGGGAAUCAAAAAAAUACAAACCUGUGGAAAAAAAUGAAGGCCUCCAAUUUAUAUUGGUGGAUGAAAUGAAUGAUGCAAUCCAUGGAUUCAUAAGACAAGGGAACUGCGAACUACUGGCAUCCAACAUUGUCCAAGGAAAUAUAUAUGAAAUCAGCCGCUUCUUUACAAGCUACUUCAACUACUUUCAUAUUGCAGACAAAAUUGCACUAUCAAACACAGGGAACACUUUCUUUUUCCUGAAUCCGGAUAUGAAGGAGUCUGAGGACUACAAACAAUACUUUGGCGAACCUCAUCAUGCUACACACAUCUUAUCAACCCGACCCAAACAACCAAGGACUCCGGCAGAGUUACAGGCUGUCAAACAGAUGUCUGUCUCAGAUUUAAACAUCUGUGAUCCAAACAACUAUAAGAAUAAAACUGUAUAUUGCACAGCGAAAAUAGGCAAAUUUGUGCCAGAAGAAAGGUGGUUCUAUUUGGCUUGCCCAAAAUGCUUCAAGGAAAUGAGGAAAAAGCCACAAAGCCAAUUACUAAUCUGUGCAGAACAUGAUAUGCAGCAACCUCUUUACAGAUUCAUAGUAACUGCAUUGAUAAAUGAUGAGACUGAUGAGGCAUCAGCCAUCAUAAAGGGGAAACAGGCGGAAGAACUAUUUGGUACGACAUGUGAGGACCUCAUCCUCAACAAAAAUCUUGACAAUCCAAAUAUACUACCACCAGAAAUUCUCCGAAUAGAGGGCCAAAUCAAACUCCUGGAACUUGAAAUAGGCACUGCACAAAACGUGAUUGUCAAGGGAAUCCAUGAAGAUAUUCGUGGACUGAAUCCAACACAGAGAAUUCAGCCCUCGAGCUCAACAGCCGACAACAUCCAGCCCUCAAGCUGACAAAGUUUCAACAACAAAAAAAAAGGAACAUUCAAUCGUCCAACAAGCAAUCCAACCAAAAAUCUCAAAAUGGCUGACAUCCUUACAAAUUCACUUGAAGACUCAUUUGGAGACUCAUCGGAAGACUUCAUGUAAAUGCUACCUGUCUUCACAUGUUUCGGCCAAGCCUAACCAUUUUUGGCACAAUGUACAUAAACAACUACUUGGUUAGCAUGCAUAUUUUUGGAAAUCUGGCUAAAUACCACAUUUGCAAUCUGCAAAAGGCACCAGAUUUUUGGUUAGCAUCUAUAGCCUUUAACAUCUCCCUGUAAUGUAGUUUCAAUGUAAUAUAUCUAUAACGUAGAACAAUGUGUUUCAAUGUAAUAUAUCUAUAACGUAAAACAAUGUGUAAUAUAGUUUUACUAUAUCCAACAUAUUUGCAAUGUAGUUUUAAUGUAAAAUUCAACCAUAUCAAUAGUAUACCCGCAGCAC